UAACUAUAUUAUUUAGGUAUUGCCAAAUCCCUGAAUCUAUCUCAUAUUAUUUGACUUCCUAACGACCAGAAUAAAAAAUAUUUAUAUACAUCUAAUUGUAGUUUUCCCUGAGAUUUCUCCAGCAACCAGAUUAGAUUAGCCACUCCUCCGUUAGCAUACGGAUGCAGGCAAUGAUAGCUAACAGCUAGCUAGUGUUUUCGCAAUUUCGAAAGAUGGCUGGGGACUUGGAAGGUUUUGCGCUGGAAAAAGCCGAACUGCUUUCCAGCCGUUUGAAGGAGCUCCUGUCUGCGGGGCAAGGGUAUGUUCGGGCUCAGUUCGGUGUGGAUAUGGGGCUGAAGCCCGAGCUGUACCCGACGUGGGUCAUCCUGUCCACGGCCGCGGUGGGUCUGCUGCUGCUACUCUGUCUGUCCUGGGUCGCCGUCUGCGGCGGUCUGCUCGUUGGGAAAAAGCGAGGAUCCCAGCUCACCCAAAGCAGCGGUGAGCCUAACAAGGCCAAUCUUGUCAAAACUACGAAACCAGAAGAGCAGAAGAAGAGGAACAAAAAGAAAACGCUUGAAAAGAAAACUCAGUCCAAUGGGCAACCAGUGACUGUUGCUCAGGAGGAAGUUAAAGUGACUCCUGUGGUUUCCAAGCCUUCCUCUGACAUCAAAACUGAGAAGGUCCAGGUCCAGGUCCAGGCCCCAGUGCAAGUGAAAAAGAACAAAAAGAAAACCAAGACAGAUGUGAAACCAGUCCAACAUGUGACUACAAAUGACACGAAGGAACCUGAUGAUGGUGCAUGGGAGACCAAAGUCAGUAACCGAGAGAAGAGGCAGCAGCGCAGAAAGGACAAGGGCCCUGAGGACUCUGGUAGUUCAGGAGGUGUGGAGACCCCCAAAACCCAUGUGAUAGCAGCUGUAGCCACAGCACCUACCAACACCAAGAAGAACAGAGGAAGCCAUGAGUCACUGCCUUCAAGAACCACUGGAAAGGGGGAUGCUGCCAGUGGAGCUGUGUCCUCCAGCUGGAGAGAGGAGCCUUCAGUCAACGGUGUAGGAUGGACUGACAUUUCCAUGAAGCUCUCAGGUCAGAGAGGUGCUAUGGAGGGAACCAAGUGGAGUAACGUGUCCACAGCUCCACAUUACAGGGUCGCAGCUGAGCCCCAGCGCUGGACACAGGAGACGCAAGCAGCAUGGAGUGGCAUUGAUGGUCGGAUAAAGACUGAACACAACCCUGUGUCUUUCUCCAUGCGGAGACUAAACACCACAGACCCAAUAUCAAAUUCCGUUGAGCUGCAGUGGGCAAGCCACCGAGAUGCUGACGAUGAAUGGUCUGGAUUCAAUGGGAUGGCAGCAGCGGAUCCCAGCUCUGACUGGAAUGCCCCAGCAGAGCACUGGGGAAACUAUGAAGAGCCUCCUGUGUCCUUGACACCAGCCCCUCCGCUGAAGCAACAGCCACUCGCCAACAAGGUAUCAGAGGAUGAGAAGGACACAGAGGAUCCCUCUGGGGGAGCAGCCAAAUCCAAGAAGAAGAGGAAAAAGAAGAAGAAAACAGAAGAGGAGGCUGCAUCCGAGCCUCAGGUGGUGAGCGCUGCACCCCUGGUCAAUGCAGGGCCCAAACCCCAAGAGCUUCCAGUGACGGCCUCCAAAAAACUGAAUCCCAGCAUAUCCUCCUCUCAGAAGAAGUCUGAGCAGACUGCAGAGCCUCCGAAACCCUCCCAGAAGAAAAAGGUCCGAAGAGAAACAUGAAGUCACAUCACAGGUCCAAACAAAGCAUAUGCAAAUGAUUGUUAAAUGUGUCACAUGCAAUAAUUACCAGGUACAGAGUUAGAGAGUCUGAGAUACAAGAACAGUUUAUUGGUUACCGAAACAAAAAGAAAACAAGCAGUGGAUAUCACCUGCUUGGCUAAAUAUAGAGAUGAAAUGUGGUCCUGUGGACUAAAAUCUUAACUAAUUUGCACUAUUUACUACACUGCAAAAAGAGUGGAGUUUCAGGAGAGGUAGACUUGCAGUGGAGGUACAUGUUUAUGUAAUUAUUUUUCAAUGGCAUCAAAGGUGUUUUUUUUCUCCAAGAGUGUUCUUUAUA